AUGGGACAUGCAGGACCUGCUCGGGAUGAAUCCAGCCCGCGGUGCCUGGCACAAGGGGACUCCUGGGUGCGUUCUCUAAAUGGCUGUUUUUAUUCCUCCUCCGAACAGAAACUGGGUGAAGGACUAGCGAAGCUGCGGACGGCGAGAGAGGCUCCGUCAGACUGCAUGUGCCCCCCAGGCCCUCCGGGGAGGCGAGGGAAGCCCGGCCGGCGCGGAGAACCCGGACCUGCAGGGCAGUCAGGACGCGAUGGUUACCCGGGGCCUCUUGGUUUGGAUGGCAAACCAGGACCUCCAGGACCAAAAGGGGAGAAGGGUGAAGCAGGGGACAUCGGCCCCAGGGGUGAUCAAGGUCGAGAUGGAGCCACUGGCCCCCCUGGUCCACCAGGACCCCCAGGUGCCCGGGGGCCUCCUGGUGACACAGGAAAAGAUGGCCCACGAGGACCUUCAGGCCCCCCUGGUUUCAAAGGCGAGCCGGGAGAGGACGGCCUCAUGGGUGCCAGGGGACCUCCAGGACCAAAGGGUGAGCCUGGCAUCGAAGGGAAAAAGGGUGACAACGGGAUCCCUGGGGAACCAGGGCUUAUGGGCCCUAAGGGAGAAAAAGGAAGCGCAGGUCCCAAGGGAGAGAACGGCACAGAUGGCUUGCCAGGAGCCAAGGGCGAACCUGGUGAGAAGGGAGGAAUCGGCUCCAUCGGACCCCGGGGUCCCCCCGGCCUGAAAGGGGAACAGGGUGACACCGUUGUGAUCGACUACGAUGGCCGAAUCCUGGAUGCGCUCAAGGGUUCGCCGGGUCCCCCAGGGCCGCCGGGUCCCCAGGGUGCUCCAGGUCCCAAGGGAGAGCUGGGUUUGCCAGGUCCACCUGGACUGGACGGUGAAAAGGGUCCCAAAGGAGCGAAGGGUGACCAGGGCAGCGCGGGGAUCACAGGACAGAAAGGAGAGACAGGAGAAAUGGGCUUAUCGGGUCCACCGGGAGCAGAAGGGCCAAAAGGAGACAAAGGAGAAAAAGGAGACACCGGGUCACCGUGCUUGCAGAAUAAUCACAUCAUACCCGAGCCUGGACCCCCCGGAUUACCCGGCCCUAUGGGUCCUCCAGGAAUCCAGGGACCUAAAGGCUUGGAUGGUGCAAAGGGAGAAAAAGGUGACAGCGGCGAGAAGGGCGACCACGGCGACGCUGGACCUGCUGGUCUCCCGGGCGCUCCAGGGCUCAUCGGUUUACCCGGUACCAAAGGAGAGAAGGGAAAGCCGGGGGAGCCAGGACUGGAUGGUUUCCCAGGUCUCAGAGGAGAGAAAGGCGAGAGAAGUGAAAGAGGCGAGAAGGGUGAGCGAGGAAUUCCGGGGAGAAAAGGAGCCAAAGGGCAGAAGGGGGAACCAGGCCCUCCCGGGCUGGAUCAGCCUUGUCCCGUGGUACGUCUGCUGUUCUGCUCAUUCGAAGCGCGUGUUGCUGGGGCUGAGGGGUUUGCAGCCAGGGAAAGGCAGGGAGGAUUUGGUAGUUCUUUAUUUCGCAGUAAAUCAGAGCAGAUGGUUAUUGUUUUCUCACUUUUCUUAACGGUUUGUUUUAUCUGCACUGCUGGAAGCUCACUGCUUGCUGUAAGGGCUCCUCGCUGGCCAGAUGGGAGCGAGCCACAGCAGUAA